CGGCUUCCCAAGUCACGUGACCUCCCACGACGCCGCCGACAACAAUAACAACAAACGUUGACAGAGCUCUAACUGCCUCACGUGACUUUCACAACAAAUAGGAGACGGCAUUGGUGUACGGGCGCGCUCCUGCUCACACACUAGGCGUGGCUAAUAGUGGCGGCUGUCGGCUUUUCUUCCAACGAUUGGUUGGACGUAAUCACGCUGCUCACGGGGGAAACUUGGUCGCUACCCUCCAUGGCCUGGGAAGAUUGUUAACCCUCCUAAAGAUUUAAAGAAGCCGAUUGGGAAAAAGAGUUUCUUUGUUAAAUUCUUUGGCACGGAAGAUCAUGCCUGGAUCAAAGUGGAGCAGCUGAAGCCAUACCAUGCCCACAAGGAGGAGAUGAUCAAGGCUAACAAGGGCAAGAGGUUCCAGCAGGCAGUGGAUGCGGUGGAGGAGUUUCUGAAGAAGGCCAAAGCAAAAGAACUUGCAAAAGAACUUGCAAAAGAACAUAACUCCAGUGAUGAGAAAGGCAAAAAAUCAGAGGGAAAAGCCAAGAAACAGACUGGUGAAAAGAGGAGGAAAUCCUCAGACACUUCUUCCCACUCCCCUCAGAAAAGGUCCCGUGACCAGAGCCCACGCAAACGAGGAAGACCACCCAAGGACGAUAAGGACUCUCUCAGUCCCCAGCCAAGCUCGCUAAAGAAGCUUGCAAUGAAAACAGUAUCCCGGUUCAGCUGGCCCCCACCUUCCAGUGAGGAUAACCUCGGAAGUGACAGCUGGCUGAUUCAUGGUCACAGAACACUUGGCACUGAGAUGAUCCUAAAAAAGCCUAGUGUAACAUACCAAGCAAUAACCAAGCGGCUAAAAAUCUCUGAAGAGGAUAGUGGCUCAACGUCGAUUCAAGCAGCAGACAGCACGGCCAUUAAUGGCAACAUCGUACCUACCGACAAAAAAAUUGGCUUUCUCGGCUUAGGGUUAAUGGGCAGUGGCAUUGUCUCAAACCUGCUCAAGAUGGGACACUCGGUGACCGUGUGGAACAGGACUGCAGAGAAGAAAACUACUGGAGGAUUUCACAGUGAAUUGUGGGAUGAGGAUGAAAGCACAAAGUGCGAAUUAUUCAUCCAGGAGGGAGCUCAUAUGGGAAGAACCCCUGCUGAAGUGGUCUCUUCCUGUGACAUCACAUUUGCCUGCGUGGCAGAUCCUAAGGCUGCAAAAGAUCUGGUGUUGGGGCCUAGUGGGGUGCUGCAGGGAAUCCGUCCAGGGAAAUGCUACGUGGACAUGUCUACUGUGGAUCCAGAAACGGUUGCUGAACUUGCUCAGGUGAUUGUCUCUCGAGGUGGGCGCUUCCUGGAGGCCCCCGUGUCUGGUAACCAGCAGCUGUCCAACGAUGGAAGGUUGGUGAUCCUUGCAGCUGGAGAUCAAGGGGUCUAUGAAGAUUGCAUGAGCUGUUUCCUAGCCAUGGGCAAAACCUCCUUCUUUCUUGGGGAAGUGGGGAAUGCUGCCAGGAUGAUGCUGAUCCUUAACAUGGUGCAGGGCAGUUUUAUGGCUACGAUAGCAGAAGGAAUGACUCUGGCUCAAGUCACAGGACAGUCCCAACAGACCCUGCUCGACAUCCUGAAUCAGGGCCAGCUUGCCAACAUUUUCCUGGACCAAAAGUGCCAAAACAUCCUGCAGGGGAAUUUCAAGCCUGACUUUUAUCUAAAGUACAUCCAGAAGGAUCUGAGUUUAGCCAUUGCUCUUGGAGAUUCUGUUAACCACCCGACUCCCAUGGCUGCUGCAGCAAAUGAGGUCUACAAGAGAGCAAAAGCGUUGGACCAAUCUGAUAAUGACAUGUCUGCCGUGUACAGGGCCUACAUACACUAAGCCCCGUUAUCAUCACAUAUGGAUUCAUUCUUUGCUUUUUAAAACACCUCACCAGUCAGACCCCCAUCUCUUGGCUCAUUCUACUGCACCGGUUUCAUUUUGUGUGUGUGUGUUCUCCUACCUUGUGUUCCAAUGCUCAAGUCCUUGUGAAUUCUCAGCUCGUCGGCUUCUUUUCAGAGAGGACGUGGGUGCUGGGUUCCAUCCAGCUUUGUAUUAAAUGCAACUGUUUUAUAGAGAGCUUCUGUUUUCACCCGCCAUCCGCAACUUUGGACCAUCUGUAGAACUUCUAGUUGAAGUUGUCCCCAGCGCAUGUUCAUCUUGAGGCUUCUAAACUUCUUCAUGAUUCAAGGACAUAUGAACAUUGGCUUGUGCACACCAGCAACCCUGGUUUUAACAAGAACGUGUGUCCUUCGGAUGACUACUUUCUUACAAGAUUCCUUUCUUAGUGGUACAGCACAAAAUCAAUUAUUUUUUUUUCCCCUUAUCCUCCUCCCCACCAAUCACAAUGCUGCCGCUGCUUCUGAUCACCUGCCUAAUUGUAAUGUAGAGCUUUUGUCCUUUGGUGAAGCUCUGGGUUUCCUUCUUGAUAGACCCAGUGGAAUGACAGAAUAUAUUCUGAGGAUUAUUGGGGAUUCUCACCUACCUUUACUCCAGGUUUGUUAAAAAGGGUAAGUAAAGCUUUAAAAUAAGUGAAUGGAAAAUUGAUGAGGGGGCUAUUCUAAGCACUAUUGCAAUGUACAUUCAUUGUUUAUUUAUUUUAAUUUCCAAC